GUCAGUCUGUCCAACAUGGAUCUGAUGUUUGGCUCCAUGAUUUCAGUCUGAUGUGUCAUUCAGAUAUUUUUCUGUUCCAGCUGCUGGAGGACAACAUGGUCACUUUUGUGAAGAACGAGCUGAAGAAGAUCCAGAAGGUUCUGAGUCCAGAUUACCCAGAAUGCUUCGACAGUCAGAGGGAGGAUGAGGAGGUGUUGGAGGGUGAAGAUGAAGAGCAGAGGAGGAGCAGAGAGGCAUUGAUGAAGAUCACAGUUUACUUCCUGAGGAGGAUGAAGCAGGAGGAGCUGGCUGACCGUCUGCAGAGCACCCUUUGUCAACGUAACCUUAAAAGUUGUGUGAAGAAGAGGUUCCAGUGUGUGUUUGAGGGGAUUGCUAAAGCAGGAAACCCAACCCUUCUGAAUGAGAUCUACACAGAGCUCUACAUCACAGAGGGAGGGACUGGAGAGGUCAAUGAUGAACAUGAGGUCAGACAGAUUGAAACAGCAUCCAGGAAACCACACACACCAGAAACAACCAUCAGACAAGAAGACAUCUUUAAACUCCCACCUGGAAGACAUGAACCAGUCAGAACAGUGAUGACAAAGGGAGUGGCUGGCAUUGGGAAAACAGUCUUAACACAGAAGUUCACUCUGGACUGGGCUGAAGACAAAGCCAACCAGGACAUCCACUUCAUGUUUCCAUUCACUUUCAGAGAGCUGAACGUGCUGAAAGAGAAGAAGUUCAGCUUGGUGGAACUUGUUCAUCACUUCUUUACUGAAACCAAAGAAAUGUGCAGCUUUGAAGACUUCCAGCUUGUGUUCAUCUUUGAUGGUCUGGAUGAGUGUCGACUUCCUCUGGACUUCCGCAACAAUCAGAUCCUGACUGAUGUUACAGAGUCCACCUCAGUGGAUGUGCUGCUGACAAACCUCAUCAGGGGGAAACUGCUUCCCUCUGCUCGCCUCUGGAUAACCACACGACCUGCAGCAGCCAAUCAGAUCCCUGCUGAGUGUGUUGGCAUGGUGACAGAGGUCAGAGGCUUCACUGACCCACAGAAGGAGGAGUACUUCAGGAAGAGGUUCAGAGAUGAGGAGCAGGCCAGCAGCAUCAUCUCCCACAUCAAGACAUCACGAAGCCUCCACAUCAU